UAUUUGAUAUUUUCCCAUGGUUUGUACUUUGCUCAUGUUUUAUUUCUUUUAGCUUGUUUUGAGAAAUUUUACUACUAACAAAAUAAUACAAAUUUAUACCUACAACCUCUUUAAAACUGUGACACUGUUCUGCACAACGAAACUAUAGUUUUAAACCAUUGUCUUUGAGGAAGCGGCAGCCAGGGCGAUGGAAGCUAUGGACAUUCAAGCGGUUGAAUCUAAACUGAGUGACGUCACAGUUACUGCAAUACCCAUGAACGGAAAGAGCACCCACAAAGAUUUGAGUCAUAGCACAAGCAGCCACGCAACAAUAUCAACCGUCCCUGCGUCGUCGCCGUCAUCUGUUGGCAAAGAUAAGGACAAUGGUGUAUCAAAAUACGCUCAACUUUUGGCUGUCAUUGAAGAAAUGGGUAAGGAAGUUAGACCUAGCUAUUCCGGAAGCCGUAGUUCAGCAGAAAGACUCAAACGUGGUAUUGUACAUGCAAGGAUCCUUGUGCGAGAAUGUCUCAUAGAAACUGAAAGGUCAGCAAGGCAGUAGUGAAAUUAUAUCGAUUUCAGUCAAUUCUAAAUACCUCAACUGCUUCAAAUAUUUUUAGGAAAUAUUACAAAAAUACAAACUCAUAAUUAUAGCUAAAAUUCAGAGUAAGUAAUUUAAGAAACCAUGUGUAUAAUAAGUUAUAUGUAAAUGUUAUUGAAGGUGUAGAGUAUAAUGUGUAAUAUAAUAUUCAGGGUACUUAGAUAUAAAGGUGUCAGCAAUUUGUAGUGACAUACUUUUUAUACAAUGUGCAUAAAAUGUCAAACACAUUUGUGAAAUAGGAUAAACAUUUUUUGUAGGUUUCAGUAAUAAUGUAACAAUAUUUUGUAAACAAGCUCAGCUGUAAUUAAACAAACUUGUAGUUGCUUUGAAUGUGUUAUACAUAUUGUUAUAUUCUUGUUCUAUCUGCUGUGGGCAAUUGUUUUACUGCUGUUUACUUUGGAAAAAUUUUAAUUUUAUGAAAGUAGUGAAAAAAAAGUACCAAUCUUUUAUCACAUUAUUGACAGGUACAUUAUUUUAAAUGCAAUUUGUGCAAAGUGAUGCAAAAAAUACUCAAAGUUAUUUGAAUAAAAUUAAAAUGAAUAAUUUAAUUAAUUAAAAAAACUACAAGAGGCAUAGAGUACCACAGAAUCAUUACCAAACACUAAACACACACUUAAGUAACUAAUAUAUUAUUCACAUAGUAUCUGCAUACAUACUACCUAACUAUAAAUAUAUAAGCCAUCUUUUUAUUGAAAAUUCCACAUUCAAAACAACUCUAAAGUGCUUUAAAAAAUUGUAAAUAUUUAUGGAGCACUAAACAAAUUAUUCAAAAGACUAUGUAAAACAUAAGGUUGAUAGAUGUUCCAUCUUUGGAGAGAAGAUUUUUUUUUCUAUAGUACACUUUCUUUCGAAAUUAACUUUAAAAUUCUCAAUUAACACACUUUUUUUUCAAUGAAAAAUGAGUAAUAGUUUAUUUGUAAAUCAUAUUGCUAUUGAAAUAUAAAUAAUGUGAAUGUUAAGAAAGUCUUCAUCAUCACCCAUUUUUGAUACUAGUUCACUAUUAUAUUAUACUAUAUUAAUAGAUUGUAAACACAAAUUUAAUCUGAUAACAUAAUUUAUGAAAGAUGCGGGACUCAAACCCUCGACCUCUCGUGUUUCGUGAGAGUGCUCUUCCACAGAGCCAACUAACUUUAAAAUAUAGCAAAUUGCUUAAAACAGAUGGUAAACAUUGAUUUAUAUCUAAUGGCUUUACAAUGUAUACUCUUAAAAUACUGUAAGGAAUAUAUAAAUGUAAUAUUAUAUUCAAUUUGAUGAAUACUUACCAAUGAGUUUGUACAGUAUUGUCUAAAGAUGUGAGCAGUGACAUUGAGAAGAUGGUUUUUGUAAUUUAAUCGGCCGGCAUUGUGACAAUUUUGAGAAUGUUUGCUUCUAUAUUUUCUAUAAAAGUUCCAAAUUGGUACUAAUUUUUACCAUGAGCAGAUUUUUUUGACAAUAUAAAAUUCGUUUUAUCAUAAUAUUAUUUAGAAGUUACAUAAUUUCUAAAAUUAUACUCAUUUUUAUAGUGAGCAAAGUUUCACUUUACAGAUAUUUUAUCUCUAAUUUAAUAAUUGUUUGGGAAAUUAUAUUUAUUCUCACCAUGAGAAAAUUCAUUUCCCUCUACAGAUAUUUUAUCUUUAAUUUAAUAUUGUUUGGAAGCGAUAAACAUUUACAUAAUUUCUAAAAUGAUACUCAUUAUCAUUGAGUGCAAAUUUAUUGACUGUAAGUUUAAUAAUUGUCACAUCAUAUGACAAACAUAUAAAAUGAUUUGUUAGUUAGUCUCACAGGCUGUGAUCGAAAGAUGAAUUGUGUAAAACUACCUCAGAUGAAAGCAAAUAUUAUGAAAUCUUAGUUAUUUAUAUUUAUAGAUAAUUAAGCAAAAUAAACUAUAUGAAAAUCAGUUGGAUAAUUAUAAUCAAUAUUAUAAUUAUUGUUAUAGAUCACCAUUUGUACUGAAUUUUGUUGACAUGGUGAGAUAUUUGAACUAAGGGAAUAACAAGUUUUUUUUUCAUAGAACAAAUCACUUAUUUUCUGAUAAAGUUACUCUGAACAUCUUAGAUAUAAUAAUAUGCUUGCAGAAAUUUUGCCACUGCACAUUUGGCUUAAGCUGAAUACUCAAUAUUGUAUAUUGAAACAGUAAAAAACAAAAUAUAGUUACCCCAUUGUGCUAUAGUGUCACCUAAGAGAAUAUUGUAAUAAGCAAUCAAAUCAAAAUUAAAAUUAUAUUUACUUAUAUUAUUUAAAACAAACAUUAACAUAAUUUGGGCUGGUGUCCUCCGGUAAGCAGUAGCAAUCUCUCGUAUAUUGUGACUGUUUUUUGUGAAUUCUGCAAGUUAUGGUGUAGUUACAUGUAUUACAUGGUAUAUUAUGAUGAUAGGGUUAACUAGUAUUGUUAAGUACUUUGUGCUCAUUUUUGUUUGUGUGUAUAAGUAGAUUUAGAUUUGUAAAGUAUAGAUAAGUUUGUCGCUAAUUCAAUAGAAAAAAUGGGAGAUGGACAGGGAUGUGAUUUGAAAUAAGGCAGCAGAGUAAUUAUAUUCUUGCUGAAAGCUAAUAAUUAUUAAUCAAAGCUUUCUGUAGUAAUAACUGCUCUAACACACUUUUUAGGUAUAUUAUGAUGAAAGCAAUCAAUGGCAAUGUAUAUUUUGAGGCAUGAGUUGUGUUCAUAAAUAGAAAUUGGAGAAGUUAUACUUUAAUUUCAUAUUGUUAUAAAGUAUACAGUAUUUGAUUCACAUGUGAUGGUCCAAUAGAUGACAAUGAUCAACUAUAAGCCAAUGAGCGCCUUGUCGGCUCUGCAUGCCCUCCAGAACGUCCAAUCAAUAGUGUGCUCAUAACUUGUGCCAUGUAAUGCUUACAGAUAUGUAAAUGUCUGUUGGGUUUUACAUUAUGAAACAGGGAUUUCUUCUUUCUGGAAGGUUCCAUAACAAUACUCCUUAAAGUCUGUAAAGCGGAAUGACAUUUCCAGCUAAUUUGGGAUAUUUUUCUUCUGUAUAAUAUUACUAUAAAAAUCUGUUAAUAUCAAUCUGCAGAAACUUGAAUAGCUUUGAACGUUAGCAAACCAUUGAGUUGACCACUAAAGGUGCGAUUCUGCAAGAAGCAGACGGCAGCGUCAGUUGAGGAUGGCUCCUGCCAUGGCUGGUAGAUGACAUUUCUUUGGAGUAGUCCGACUGAUGUCGACAGUAAGCCGUUAAUCGCACCUUUACAAUAAUCUUUUCAACACACUUGCUCGUAAAGUAAGCCUUAUUUAAUCGUUUUUAGGGCCAUAAACCAAACUAUUUCACACAGGUGUAUUAUAAUGUUACACUAGUGUAUAAUAGAUUUAUCCCUACAAAAUUAAAUUAGUACCUGGCUGCAAAUUAUAUGAGCAUCAGCAGAACAGUUUCAAUUUACCCGGGUAAUAAGAUUUUUUUUAUAACAACAAAGAGGUUUUUAUUAAAAAAAAAAUUAUUGUUCAAUUAUUUAUAAUUCACAUUAAUUUUUUAUAAACUAUAAUAUGCAUUUCAAAAUUAAAAUUAUAAUUUUCAAGUAGGCUGUAUGGCUAUAUUGGCAUGAUUUGUUUGAACGAUUUAUUUAAAUGUUUGUUUUUUAGUCGCAAGUGUGUUGAAAAAGUGCGUAUGAAACUAGUGAGCAUCUUGCUUACUAGACACUCGCUUGAUUUCAUACUACCCACAUCCUCGUGUAUAGGCAACAUUGCUCACUUGUAUCGUAACAUACUAAUAUAAAACUUGGUUCAAUCUUAGCACUGCCGUCAAAAAAAGAAAACACAUAAGAGUCUUAGCUUGGUGGUCUACUUGAACGUGACAUUCGCUAAAUUGUGGUUUAUCUUCCACAGAAGUCACAAAAUCAAUUCCUUUAGAAUUCUUUUUGAUGUCAUUUCUAAUAUCCUAGAUACGACUACCGCUUCGGAAACAAAUGGCGCUCUGAGAGAGAAGUAGCGGCGCAAGAAACUCUCCCAGCAUUCUUUUUUUUGCGCUCUUUUUAAUAAAAUUUACAAUAUAACAGAAUUGAAAUUAGCAUCAACUACAUUGUCCACUCAUGAAUACUAUUUCAACCUUAUUUUAAUGUGAUUUGGAUGCUUUUAAUUAAAAUACCAACUGCUUUACAUUCCAACUGAGUUGCAGUUAAAAUUGGUAUUUCCCGCCGUGGUUUGUGGCCGGGGUCCAACUGCUGUUUAAGUAUACUAUGACGAAUACAAAUAGGUGAUAUAAGAGAAUAUACGAAGUAGAGUUUAUAUUUAAUUAAGUUACCAAUAACUUAUAGUACUUACUUAUUUAAUAACGCUAAGUCCAGUUUAAUUGAUAUUUUUUAUAAUUGAACCCUUUACAACUCUGUCAUUCAUAGAUAUUUUAUAAAAAUAAUGUUGUAGGAUGAUAUUACAUUUAUGGUAUUUAUGUUUUGUGAAGUCGGCAGAUGCUUUUUAUAGACAUAGAAUAUACUAACGUAUAGACUAUCUUUUUUUUUAUGAACUGGCUCCGUCGACUGAAUGUCGACGAUUCGGCCAACGUCAAGGUGGAGAGAUUUUUUAUUUUAAUUUAGCUGAUUGAAGUAUAUAAAGAGCUGAUUUAAAAGAAAAUGAUCGGUUGAUAUAGCUGUGGUUUUUUUUGUGAACUGAAGAAUAGGCAACAAGAGUUAGUACGGUUAGUAAUAAACACCCAUAAUAUUAACUACCUUGUUAGUAUCUAAUCUAAGUUUAAGGUAGAACCAUAGACUACCUUACAGCUCCAUAAUGCGUCACCAAUUUUGAUAUUGUGCGUUGGCUAGUUUGAUAAUCAAAAUAGUAAUGAGCUAAUUCCAAACGUGGCUGACUGUUUACGACCUGUCAAUCAAAAUCGGUUACAGUAAUGGAUCCACUUACCUUUUCUAUCAUGCUGUAUCUCCGUUAGAGAUGUUUUUCUCUCUUGUCUCAUUGUCAACAGAGUAGUGUAUUUUAUGUCUAUGUUAUAGCUUUUAUUAUAGUCUAUUGUAUCUCUAGUCUGUCUGAACUGGAUGUAGCAAAUGAGAAAACAUUGAAAUAUCAAGAAUGGGUUAAUACUUAUCAAAAUCAAUGAAAUAUUAUAAGUUGGUGUUACAGUAACAUAUUAAGGGUGUACCUUCAAAUUAAUUAUGUUUAUUGUACUCUGUUCUCUAUGCACGUGUUUUGCUGACGGUUUUUUUAUUAGAUAAAUAUACGAUUUUCGAGUACAUUAGUUAAAAUGAUACAUGAGCUUAAAAACCAUUAAAAUAAAUUUUCUCAAUACACAAAUGAUUAAAGUUUUCUUUAGUGUUAAUUCCGCCAAUAUUUGUUGGCGGAAUGAACACUAAAGAAAACUUAAAUCAUUUGUAUAAUUCUGGAUUUCCGCAAAGUAACGCCUAAUUCAAUAAAUUUUCUUCUUUCUCAAUACAACUAAAACACCUGUAGCUUUGCGGUCCGUUUAUUACCAUCUAGUAGGUUAGUUUCAUCUAUCAAAAAUAAAAUUAUUACAGUUUAUUAUUUAUAGAGUUUUUACAAUAAUAAAGACAAAUUCAAUACUACUUUGUUAUAAAAACAUAAGAAUUAUUUAUAUUUUCAAAAUUAAAAUCAUAGUUUUAUUAUCUGUAUGUCACGUGACCGAAAACGCCGACAACCAUUUUGUCACGUCAUCGUAUAGCAGAAACAGUUUGUUUCAAAUCAACACAUCAUCGAUACGAACUAUGAAAGGUCAUUUUUAUAUUUGUAAAAUCAAUUAGGUUUGCACUGCACAUAUUUUGACGUUUCUUUGUGUAAGUUAUUAUGUCGUCACUGUCAUGACGGCUCCCUUUUUGGCGCGAAUUUUAGCGUUUACAUUUAAAAUAAUUUUUCGUUGCUUGAAGUGCUUUAUAGUUAAAUACCAGUUGGCUAUCGAAUCUUUACGAUUAUUUUUAGAAUGUGUUUUCAAAAAACGAAGAGUAGCCUAUUCUAAUCUAAUCAAUAUUUGAAGUUUGGUAUACCUGUGCUUUAUAGGUACUAAAAUUUUAUAACAAAAGAGAAUGAUACUAUACCUGCUCGGUGCCUUUGUUAUAUACUACUCGGGUGUAGUGAGGCCUUCGACUUCGUCUCGUGCCCACACAUCGCAUCAUCGUUAAUAAUCGCCAACUUUCCCUUUAGUAAAUAAUGUUGGUACUAUAAUUGUAUUGAAAUUUGAAUGUAUGCCCUUAAGCCCGUGUGAAAUAUUGUCAAUCGUAAAUCAGUUUGAAAUCCUAGAAUACCUACUACAACAAUAAACAAAAUACUAUUAUUAUUGAAAUAUAUCUAGUUUUUGUCGACUUCAAUUUAAGUAAGUAGAUAUGUUUGUCAUGGACUAGUAAAAAAAUAAGGACUCCGUGUCACCUUACAUAACAGUGUAGCACCAAAACAAGCCGAUUAACGUGUAAAUACAUAGCCCAACGCACACACACUACUACAGGCCGAUAGGCGGCCAUUAUGAGAAUUGUCAUCGGCUGUGACAAAUCAGUUUGCGUCUCAAUAAAAUAUUUUAAAAAUGCCGUCGUGCGUUGUGAAAAAGUGUAAAAACGAUACUAUAUAAGUAUUUGUGGCCAUAUAUGAUUAUUUAAGGGAGAAAAAAUUGUGUAACUAGUAUAUCCCGUAACCGCACACACACUAGCAUAACGGUGCUUCACUUGCUAAUCACGGCGCGGAGUCCUUCUUUUUUUACUCGUUCGUGAUGUUUGUACAUGUAAGUGAUGAACCAUAAAAUAGUACAAAUUUUAGUAUAUUAGUGUGGACAAGAUUAUUAAAUGUUGAAAUGUUCCGAUUUAGCUUAUAUUAUGUACUGUUCAUAUAUUGUCUGUGAACUUAUUUUUUAAAAUAAAUAAAAUUGAUGAAUAAUACAA